GCCUGGCACUUCAUCUGUGGCACGCAGGACAAUGGCUGCCAGCAAGAGCAAGAACCAGAGUUCCUUGGCCCUCCAUAAAGUAAUUAUGGUUGGCAGUGGAGGUGUGGGCAAAUCUGCACUUACUCUUCAAUUCAUGUACGAUGAGUUUGUAGAAGACUAUGAACCUACCAAGGCUGACAGCUACAGAAAGAAAGUAGUUCUGGAUGGUGAAGAAGUUCAGAUAGACAUUCUGGACACAGCAGGACAGGAGGAUUAUGCAGCUAUCAGAGAUAACUAUUUCCGCAGUGGGGAAGGGUUUCUUCUGGUCUUCUCAAUAACAGAGCAUGAAUCCUUCACAGCAACAGCAGAAUUUCGGGAACAGAUUCUGCGUGUGAAGGCUGAAGAGGAUAAAAUCCCUUUACUGGUAGUGGGAAACAAAUCUGACUUGGAAGAGCGCAGACAAGUGCCUGUAGAAGAGGCCAGAAGUAAAGCAGAGGAGUGGGGUGUGCAGUACGUAGAAACCUCUGCCAAAACUAGAGCGAAUGUAGAUAAGGUAUUCUUUGAUUUAAUGAGAGAAAUCAGAGCAAAGAAAAUGUCAGAAAACAAAGACAAGAAUGGCAAGAAAAGUGGCAAGAACAAGAAAAGCUUUAAAGAAAGAUGUUGCUUACUGUGAUGCUUGGAAACUGUAAAUAUCUAUCUACAGGUGGCAUGGAUAAGAUACCACUAAGGAUAUAGGGCUGGAUUCAUGAAAGGAAGUCUGUAUUGACUCCCUUAUCUUUUGCUUUGCAUAUCACACCUUCAAAAUGUGAAAACAGAACUUUAAAACAAUGUCUAGUAGCCAACAAAACCUAUGCCUACUUAAACUGAAAUGGACUCUGUCUUCCCAGUGUCUUUCAAAACUAGAAACAGUUUCAGAACUACAAUCCUUCUGCUUGGUUAUACAAAGUACUUCCAUAUUAACUUCCUAGUUUACUCUAAUGUUUCUCUGAAUAUGUUUCUCUUGAACCUCUACUGGCCUUAACAAGCACAGCUGUUCAGGUUCAAACUUUCCCCACCACACUGUUGCUGCCCUCCUUGAUGUUGCAAACUACAGAAUAGCUAGAUGACAUCUGGUAAAGGGUUUGAGUCUCCAUGUUCCGUUAGUUGUCACUGGUAUUUCUUACACUGAAAUCUGCUGGCUUCCUCCCCACCCUCCAUGUAAGAAAUAGCAACUGACACUUGAGAGUCAACUCAAAACAA